GCUUUUCAUAACCAACCUGACCUGUCCUGCAUCGUCAUGAUUUUAAGAUGAAGACCGAAGUCAUUUCUUGGACAGAAACGUAAAAUAUGGGGGAAAGACGCGCGUGUCAACAACAACAUACAUACUUCCUGAAAUACCCUACGGAUCGGUGAGAUUAUUGCGUGGCUGAAAAGAGGCUGGCUUUGAAGAAAACUGACACGUGGAUUACUCCUCCUCGGCAUCAGGAAAAUACAGCCUCUCUUUUAGCCUGCUCCGUUACCAUCGCCUGCUCGUUCAUUACUACAAAGACCCUUUUUAACUCACAGCCUGGGUCGCUUUUUUACGGAUACUAUGUAAAAGCGCACUGUAGAGAGUUGGACUACAUUCACUCUUCUUUGGCGUGCGUAAUCAACGAGUAAACAGCCGUAGGAAGGAAAGAGAAGAAGGCUGCCAUAACCUUGCGUUGAAUGGCAGUAAUUCAAAAAUAUGGCAAGAACCACAAUCCAGAUUUGGUCUGCUACAAGGAAAACCAUCAGCCCAACAAGCACGGUGGAGCUACCGCAGUGUCUCACAAGAAAUGGACCGAGCAGAGCACAUACUGGUCCAGGCCCAUGGCGAGGUUAUGGACUGUGGUGUUGUUCUUUGGGACAUGUCUGCUGUACUGUGCCCGGAUGACCAUGCCCAUCUGUGCGGUCAGCAUGGCAGAGCAAUUCCACUGGAGCCACAAGGAAUCCGGCAUGGUCCUGGGCAGCUUCUUCUGGGGCUAUUGCUUCACCCAGAUCUUUGGAGGCUAUGUCAGUGAUCGAGUUGGAGGGGAGAAGGUCAUGUUGUUGUCAGCUGCAGCCUGGGGAUCUAUGACAGCAUUUACUCCAGUUCUGGCCCACUUCUGCUCUCAGCCAAUUCUGUCAAUGACUCUCGCCAGAUUCCUGAUGGGAUUGCUACAAGGUGUACAUUAUCCAUCCUUGGCUAGUCUAUGUUCUCAAAAGGUGGUGGAAAGUGAACGAGGUUUCCUUAUGAGCACUGUUGGUAGUGGCUCCUACCUGGGCACGCUGGUGAUUGGUGGAGCUGGCUCCUUCAUGUUGGACCUGUACGGCUGGGAAAGUGUUUUUUAUGUGUCUGGGCUGCUCUCCGUGCUGUGGGCCUACUGCAUGUGGAAGUAUCUCCUCAAAGGAGAAGGUCCUGUCAUUACCCUUGAAUCCUUAGGAAGCAGCAAGACCCAAACCAAACUCACUAAAAGACACUGGCUGCGGCUUUUCAAACAGCCAGCUGUCUGUGCUGUAAUUAUUGCACAUCUUUGCACAGCGAGCACCUUCUUCACUCUUUCGUCCUGGCUGCCGACCUAUUUUAGAGACACCUUCCCAGAUGCCAAAGGCUGGGUGUUCAAUGUCAUUCCCUGGGUGGUGGCAAUCCCUUCAUCUGUUUUAAGUGGGUGCCUCUCUGACCACCUCAUCGGUCAAGGUUUUGAUACAGCUUCUGUCCGUAAGUUUAUGCAGUUCUUCUCCAUGGGGCUGUCCAGUGUGUUUACCCUGUGCCUCUGUGGUAAAACAACAUUUUCCUGGGCUGUAGCACUCGUGUCUAUCACCAUGGGCCUCCACACCUUCAAUUACAGUGGUGUAUCAAUAAAUGUCCAAGAUCUCGCGCCUUCAUGUGCUGGGUCAUUAUUUGGUGUUAUGAAUACAUGUGGCGCUUUCUCAGGGGUCUUAUUGGUGUAUUUCUCGGGGUAUCUGAUUGAGACCACCGGAUCUUGGACAUCUGUUUUUGCACUUAUCACCACACUGAACCUGCUUGGACUCGGCAUCUUUCUGGCCUUUGGAGAAGCCAAACGAGUGGACAUUACCUCCAGCAAGGGCCGCUAUAACAACAUCCACAUUUAGGUCAGCAGUCACAUAAAGACAUUGCCAUAUUGGCAAAUGCCCAAACACAAAUGUUACUCAAGAAUAUUGUGCAAAAUGCUAUGCAGGGAUCCAAGGCUUUAAACUGGGAAAGUUGUAUUAGUGAAACUUUUUUUUUCUCCCCUGUUCUGCACACGACUACACUUAAGUGUCCAUUCUUACAUGGAGUUUAUGAAGUACAUAAUUGCAAGGGUCAAAGAUCUAACAAAAGGAAUGGUCCACAAUGGAAAAUGAGUGGAAUCUUCAGGUCUUUAGAGGUUAUGGGGUUUCUUCAUGUGGAUAUUUUUAAUACAAUGAUAUGCUCUGUUUAGUGUAGCACUCUCCUCUUAUGUCAUUGAAUGUGUUCCUUUGUGGGUUAAAAAGGACAUUGUUAUGGAAAGCCAAUACUAGAACCUUUAGAUUGCCUUUUAAAGUAAAGCCCUGUUGUGUCUAAAUUGGGACACAUAGUGAAAUGGGUAUAAAGAUUAGGGCAUGGACUAGUAUGGCAUUCUGAUGGUUUACUGACCUUGCCCAAAAGUUUAUUUAUAUGUGCAGUAUUGCUCUGUCCUUCUGUUGUCGCAAAGAGUUCUUCGUGUGGCACCUAUUCCGAGGGCGGCAUUGUCCCCGUCUUAUUUAUCCCAUAUGGGACUAGCACAGAGAGCACAAUGACUUGUAAUUCUUUGGGAUUCGUAAUGCACUUCAGUAUUGUGCUCACGCCCAAAGACAGAAACUUUUCUAAAAUGGAGUUGUGCUUAUGCAGUGUUACAGAAUGUGUUGCUACACUAGAGUACUGAAUUUCUAACCAAAGGCUUAUAUCCAAAGAGCAUGUAUAGAGACAGACAUGUGACACUUGGUUCCUAAGGGGCAGCACUUUUUCUUUUUUCAACAUUUGACUCAGAGAGCUUUCUUAUUGACAUCUCAUUAUUUGGUGACUAAGGAUGUUGUUUCCUAUGCCUUUUUAUAGUCUUCAUUCUUUUUCUGCUUUCUCGUCCAUUGAUUUCAAAUAUGGUUACUGAAAGUAUGCUAAGAAUGUUUAAGUUGGAAGACCAAAGUUAAUAUUUAAUGAUUUAUGAUUGUAUUUAGUCAAAAUACCUCAAUUAAUUAUUGUCAGUCAUUUAUUAUUUAUAAAUUGUGCAUUUUAAUAUAUGUAUAGGGGUUUUUUGUUUUUGUUUUAUGAAGGGCAUGCAAAGGCCUUUAUAGAUUUAAACAGUUUAUGAAACAAAACAAUCAUUAAAUGACUAGAAUGAUAUAUCAGAAUUUAAAUGAAGUAUUGGUUUCUGAAUUAAUCUCUAAAUUUCACACAGAAUUUAAAUGGCAAAAAACAAAGACAAAAUAACUCCAGUAACAGUGGACUCAUAUCAAUUUGUUUUCCAAUGUUUUAUUCACUGUUGAACAUUGGAUUUGAUACCUGAUUUAUUGUUAUACUAUUGUUUACUAAUCAACAAAAAGGUAAAAGGCCAACAUUUUUCUCUUACCACUAAAUAUUCAUCUUGUUGCAGGCACAAUCUCCUUGUUUAGGGUACUGAGUUUUCAAAUCGAUUUUGUUUUUAGUUACUGUAGUUCCAAUGCUUUGUGUCAAACUGACCUGAAGAAUGUUACUGAUCUGAAACCAUCUAUUUAAAGCCUUUAAAGUCUUGGUCUUGUCGUGUUUCAAUAAGAAUAUAACAUUCUGAAAUCAGUGCAGAUAUUACUCUAACAAAUAUUUAAACAAAUCAUUGUUCAUUAAUUCUUUGUGGAAAGUUUACAUUUUUAUGUUUUUCUUACUAAUUUAGUCUUUUCCCUUCAGAUGUUGGAGUCGAUCUCCAAAUAUGUAUACAUUUUUACACCAGAUGCCUCCACUCACUCUUACUUUUUGUCUGGUCUUUGGAAGAGUAGGGAGAGCUUGUGUCAUUAGUUUUUAAGCUUUGACAUUCAAAAACAUAGUGAUUAGGAACCGCACUAACCAUAUGCUUCAUUACAUUGAUCAAAUCAGUUAACAUCAAUGCAGUGGGUACAUGUUAUGCAAUGCAAUUUGGUCAUUUUAACUCUGACAAAGCCAGCUCUGUGUCUGUGAUGUUGGGCCUAAAGGGUACAUUCAUGACACUUUAUUAGUCCCGUUCACAUGUUGAGUGCAAGAAUCUCAAAAUGUAAGCUAUGUUUUCUAAAAGACUUUUACAAAUAAUUUUGAUAAUAUGUAUAUUACGUCUUACAUAUAACUUAAAUGCAAACAAUUGCGUUAUUGUAAUGCUUUCAUAUUGUAUUGAUCAAGAGAAAAUUAAGAUGGAAUAAAUAUAUUUUGGUCAAUU